GGGGACGGGCUGCAGCUCGGACAGUUACACGCUUUCCCCAGGAACCUCUCACGGCCUCUUAGGCUUGGGGUCAGGGACGGAGCGGUGACCAUGACCCAGCUGGUGCUGUCUCCCACAGCCAGAAGUUGGAUGCUGCUGCUGCUGCUGCUCUCAGCAGGUGAGCCGAUGCCAGCUCAAGGCCAGGAGGAGUCCUCAGAUCCCAAAGGAAGCACUUGUUCCCGGCUCUGGCAGCAUCCACGUUUCAUGGCCCAGAAACGAGGCAAUGUGAUGAAAGUGCAUUGCUAUGCCAACAACUCCCUUAACUCCAGCUCCAUACAGUGGUUCUGGAAGCCAAAGAUGGACGUAGACCUGCAACCGUUGCCAAAGGAAAAUGACCGCAUCCAGUGGACCACUAACAGCACCUGGUCCACCCUCACCCUCCAGGACGUCCAGUUUGAGGACAACGGCUUCUACGUCUGUGGGGGUCAAUGCGUGAACGGCACAGACAAGGUCUUGGGCUUCGCCACGGAGCUGCGAGUCAUGGGGUUCAGCAGCUUGGCGCAGAUGAAACGACGAAACACAUUGAAAGAUGGCAUCAUCAUGAUCCAGACCCUGCUCAUCAUCCUCUUCAUCAUUGUGCCCAUCUUCCUGCUUUUGGACAAGGAUGAUGGCAAAGCCGGGAUGGAGGAAGACCACACCUAUGAGGGCCUCGACAUUGACCAGACUGCUACCUAUGAGGACAUAGUGACCCUGCGGACAGGAGAGGUGAAGUGGUCUGUGGGCGAGCACCCAGGCCAGGAGUGAGGGAUGUUCUCCCCAACCGUGCCGUGCACAGCGCAUGGGCCCUUCUGGAUGCUUCCGAGGUGCCACGCCCUCCUCCUGGACCCCACGUUUGCCUCCCAAGCCAGCCCGCCAGAGCUACCUGCCCCUCCGGGCCCCAGAACAGAAGGACAGCAGGGGUCGUGGUUUGGAGUGGGGCAAGCUGUAUGGGAUGUCGUCGCUGUGGUCAGGGGACACAAGGCAGAGACUUGAGCAGAACUGGCAGAUGGACUCAGAGCCCAGUAACUUCCAGCUGAGCCUGGACAGGCUCAGGCAUCCCCUCCGGGCCCCAGGAGGGCCCCCAAGAACUUCAUUCCACUCUCCCAUCCUCCUCAUUCUCACAAGGAAUAAAGGAUGUGUCGUGUGAACCGACACACAGAGGUGUGAUA